GCGGGCGCAAUAAAAGCCAGCUAGCGUUAUUGCUCUUUGUUUUUAGACAGGACUGACGGAUGGCGCAAAGGGAGAAGAGAGGGGAAAGUGUGUAAAUACGAGUUUAGCGCAUCUCUGGCGCUCGCAAGUGCAGCACUGGGAGCUAAAGUCGAUCCUAAAGCCUCCGCUAUCUCACUCCUACUCUGCUAUUAACUUGGUAAACACAAGAGGAGAAAGAUCCUUCCAAAGCUAAAGUCUGUUGUGACUUAAGGAAAGAGAGACUUGCCAGUUUUGCUGUAUUUGAAAUGGUGUCGAGCACUGGUAACACUGUUUGAGAUGUCUUCAGUGGGGUGGAUUUCAUGGAUAGUGCUGGCCAAGGCUAUAUAAAGAUGAAAAGGAGCUGGAUUUGUGUGAGCCAAAAAUGACUGGGGGCAGUGAGAAGGCAGCAGGAAAUAAAGAUGAUGGUCCCACACUCACCGCUCAGGUCCCUGUUGGCUGGCAGAGAAAAGUGGAGGAUGGAGCUGUGGUUUAUAUUAGCCCAAGUGCUACAGUCCUAUGUUCUGUGGAGGAGGUAAGGGCUUAUCUGUUGGCAGAUGGCACAUGUAAGUGUGGACUGGAAUGCCCACUUGUUCUCCAUAAGGUGUUCAACUUUGACCCCACUGCAGGGGUUCAAGCUCCAAGUCAUCAGUCAGGGAAGGUAGAAGAGGACAUGACCAAACUCUGCAACCAUCGCAGGAAAGUGGUUGCCAUGGCUGCUCUUUGCCGUAGUAUGCGGGCUUCCCAAAUACCCCCACUGGCCCAUGCUACAGGGAGUGCUGUCUGCUUAGCGGAUGUCAGGGAUCAGAGAGUGUCUGUGGCGACUCGAGGAGUCCUAGGCCAGUGCACUUACUCCACCCAGCUAAAUUCGAAUCAGGCCAGACUCGGCAGCAGUAGCAGCUUUUCUCUUCCCUCAUCUCUGUCUCUUAUGCAGAAUGGAUCUGUGUCCCACCCUGAACAGAGCUCACCCAUAAAAAAGCCCCCCACUCGUUCACCAGGCCCCAGCAUUGCUGCUUAUGGGAAACAGCAAUGGAGUGCUUGUCCAGCCAUUACCCAAACUGUCCUCCAAAGAGCACCUCACAAGCCGCCAUCUCCCAGCACUACAAAACUAGAGACACACACAUACCAAAUGAACUCCCCCCACCCUGCUUCGUUUUCUUCACCCACGUCUUCAUCUUCACCUGUGAUGGGCAGGACAGGACAGCUUCAUCCUCACCCACAGGGAACGAUUGUGAAAUCUCCCUCCCCAAUGUCGAUGUGUUCUUCACCCUCACGUGCUCAGGACUUUUCUCCUCACCAGCGUUCUCGUCACUCUUCCACGUCCUCUCUGUCUGAGGGAGCCAUGCUCACUCAUGGGGUUAAACCUUCCCCAUCCCCUCUAUCCCCUAACCAGUCGUGCUCCUCACCCAAACUCUCGUUACCCCCCACUAGUCCGUGCAGUCGUUUAGAGGGCAUUUUGCAGCACUACAAGGAGUGCAACUCUGCCAACCCUGACUCCACCCAACAUCACACGCUUAGCAGCCAAAGCAAACUUCCAACUCUGCAGAACCAGCAGGCAGCCAAUAACACACCUUGUGACAGGAGGAACGGUCCAGCUUCUGCACCAGGCCUUAUGGGUCUUCAGCUGGGUCAGAUCCUUUGUCAGCAGAAAAGCCAACAGCACAUCAGCACCACUUUUCCAGCCAGCAGCCUUCUAUCGGCAGCUGCCAAAGCCAACCAGAAGAGCCAGGGCUUGUCAGGCGCUUCUGACAUGCUGGCUAUUCCCCCACUCACAGGUCUGGACAAGGAGCAACAGUCCAAGGUAUUGAUUAGCACUUUAAACAGUAGCCUCCACACCCCUGCAGCCCGAACCCAGUCUUUAACUGCCUUCCUCCUUCCCCACUCACCCUCCCUCCCUGUGUCCACCCCUGCUCUGUCAGAAAAAACGCUACGGCGCAAGCGCCCGCGUUGCUCACCCACCGUGCUUAGUAUGCUGAAAGAGUCGCAGAUGAACCGAACUCCAGGAGACUUGCCAAUUUCCUCGCUUACUGUCCCUCCACUCUCUCCAUCACCCUCUAGUCCUCCUGCUUCCACCCCUCACUCAGAAAACCACCUUCAAAGUUUGAGGCUGUAUGUUGCUCCCCCUCCCAUCCACUCCAUGACCAACAGCAUCCUAAGGCAGCCAGAAUGGGAGGAGGGCAAAAGGACAGCCCUUGCAAACUCCCUACCUCUUUCCACACCCCCUGCUUCCUCCCAGCCCCUUUCUGCUCUCCUCCAGCUCAUCAGCAUGCAAAGUGCCCAGAAUGUUGUCCACUCCAACAGCACCUCUGCACCCACAUCAGCAAACAAGAAUACAGCUGCACCACCACCAACUCUUACCCAGGCACCCCAAUAUGAUGGCCAACUUGGGUCUCAAAUGCAUCUCAUCAUGAAACAGCCUCAGCCCCAAAGUUUGGUGCCUACUCCAGCAUCUCAUAGCCAGUUACCAACUCCUCUGCCCUUUUCUUUGACGUGCGAAGACACUGAAGGGGUUGCAGUAAACCUCAAAAUGACACCAAACAACGCAGUUCUUAACUUGAGUCGGCCCCAAACAGGCACUAGAACGGAGCUUUCUGUUAGCAGCCAGACCCAUGGUGUAAUUGGUCAGCUGUCCUCAGCAACCUGCCUGCCCACUUCCACUUAUCAAGAGAAAAGCUGUGCAUCCAGACCAGGGGAAAUGGGGCUUGAGCAGAAUGUUUACCAAACAGAUCAGCCAAGCCACGGCCUGGGCACAGAGAAUGAGGGUCCUGUCAUAUCUGAAGAACAACAGAAUUUGGAGACUAGGCUGCUUGAUGAUUGUGAUGCAGACCCUAACCUCUCCCUUCCCCCUGCACCCUGCUCCCCAUCGUCUGACCUCCCGAACUCUUCUGCUGACGCUGUUAAUACUUUGCAGCUGGCCGAGUCUUUCCCCUUCAUGACGCAGGAACAGCUGCUCCAGCUCCUCUCCUCCAAUGCAGGGCUACCCUCUCUGUUACCCCCCUUCCUAGGCUCUGUUCCUCUGGGUCUCUGGACAGGUGGUCAGGCUCCCAUGGCGGGAAGCACCCAACCUCCACAAUCAGCAAACAGCCUUCUCAAUCAAACUUCUCCACUGACUGUUCUCCCUUCCACACUUGGAGCUCAGGGAGACCCCUCUUUUAAUCUUGUUAGUCUUUUAAACCCCCCUGCUCCAGGGUCGCCCUUGGCUUCAAGUCCUGAGGCUGGGGAGAAGAACCCUGGGCUACAGGCUCUGCUCGUGGCGUCUUUUCUCUUUGGGCAGAACCCAGCCGCCAUGCUUCCAUUGCCUGGACUUAAUGUAGACCUCCCUCUCCCGCAGCAGGUAUUUGGAGAGGGAGUGUCGCUGGAGAAGAACCCAGCUCUGCUAGACUCUCUGUUGAUGGGACCAGGGCUCCUAGAAGCUCUGCAGGCUCUAGCACCCCCUGCAGAUGGCCAGUCGCUUCUACUUUCUGCCCAGCUUACCUCUCCUCCCCCUCUUCCGCCUGCCUUUCUCUCCAUGAACCCUGCACUGCUGGCUACAGCUCUUGCACAGGCUGAAACCCUCCCCAACCACACGCCAUACCCCCAACCUCACACUCAGGGGACUCUUUCCAGUCCUGGACUGGUCUCUACCUCUCUGUCAUGUGCCCCACUGGUGCGAGACACAGGGCAGGAGGUGUGUGACUCUCUGGAUGAGCAUGAGAAGACCAACGCACAGACACCUCAGUUUCUGCCCGCGCUCCUGCCUCAAGGUGUCCUGGGUGACCUGGCAGCUCUGGGUAACAUUAAUAGUCUACAAAGUUUACUAUCAGCUGGACCUUUGUUGCUCUCUCAGGCUCCCUCACUGGGAAUGCCACUGCCACAGAACCAGGCUGCCCUCAACCCACUAACGUGCCUGCAGCUGUCAAUGGCUUCAACACUAAUGGGAGAGAAAUCACUGGCAGUACAUGAAAACAAUCCAGCACAAGAGGAGUUUCCCUCCUCUCAGUUAUCCCAGGAAUCUCUUCUUAACCCUGGCCACCUUCAGCCCUCAGCACAGCCAAGAGAAGAGGCAGCAGGAGCAGAUCCUGGUCUGCUCGACCCAUACGGCUCCUUUAUGGACACCAUUUACACUUCCUUCCUGCAAGUGAGUGGCCGUGGUCCAGAAGGAGAGAGUGACUCCACUGCUCUCUCGUACCCAGAGCUCCCGCCUUCCCUCAGCCCCCGGCGAGCGUGCUCGGUACACAACCCUGAUCUGUCACGCCUCAGCAUGGAAGCGGCACAGUCUCCAGCCCGUGGCACGCCCAAACUCAGCGAAGACCCACCCACUACUCCACCUUGUAAACAAGCAGAGCCCCGUCCCCCAGACGCCCCAAUGCAUCUUACCUUCAUGGAGGAGGCCAAGACGGACAACUCGGCCAAGUUGGGUGUCUAUAGUAAUGGGAUAAGUUCAGCGGUGGGAAUCGAGGAUGAUGAUAAAGAGGAACGGAGCAGACAGCAGCAGGGAUACUUAAGCCCCAAAGAGAGAGUCAACAUGAACACAAUGGCUGAUACUCUAAGCAACACUGACACAGAACAUGCCACGGCUAUAGGAAUGCAUAUAGGAACCAGAAGAGGGAGAAAAAGAAAGCAAACGCUACAGAGAGGGUCAGAAAUUCCAGAAGAUCUGGAGAGAAUCAUUGAGGAACCAGUGGCGACAAUAGCACUGGAGAGGCCGGCGAAAGGGAAGAGGCGGCGUGUGCUCAGAUAGACGACGGAACUGAAGCCCUUAUCCUACUGUAGUUUGCCCGGCAACACCAGCACUGUCACUAUGGCAAAAGUACUGUGCAGGACUGAGCUGCACUGUGAGGACCUGCAGAACACACGCCAGCUCUUUAAACGCCCAUUUACCUCACUCGCCUCCCCUGUUCUGCAUUCUCCCCUAAACCUGUUCUGAUUCUACUUUUCAUCAUUUGUCAUAAACUUUGUCAUAAACUUUGUCAUAGUGCAGGUACAAAUGCUUCAUUGGUGAAGGAGCUUCGUUACUGACACACCCUUAUCUGAAAUUGAACAGAAUAUAAGGGUCACCCUAGCAGCUUUUAUAUUAACCCUACACAGGUUAAACUAUCACAUUAGAAUAGUUCAUUGCAGAAGUGCUUACACAGGUUAAGCUUGCUCUGAGGUGUGGAAGCCACGGUUUAUUAGAUUUCAUUUUUGCCUUAGUAAUUAGUAAUUGGAUUUUGCUUAAAUGUGCAUCAGAUACUAACCAACAUUUUCUCGUCACUCUGUUCAUUAAAACAAUAGUUUUAAUGUAAAGUCUCUUAUCAAAAGAAAAAGUUUUUAAAUAUUGGAAAGGACCAAGGGUGAAAGACCUCUUAAACUGAUUUUAAGAACAAAAAUAUGUUUAUUGUAUAGUGUACUGGUUUUACACUGGUUUUCUAAAGAAUGCCAGUAUUUUAAAAAGAAGCUUAAGCUAACCUGCCUGACAAACAAACGUCUAUUCAAACAUGAUUAAAUAAACUGUUCGCACAAAUCCCAAAUUUGAAUUGUAUAUAACAUACCACUAUUGAACUAUUAAAAAUGUCACCGUAGCUGAGAUCUGGGUCUGAAUUUCGGCAGCACUGUUGUCCAACUGGGUUGUUUCUGAGGGCGGGGAACUGUCUAAAGCUUUGCGAUGAAUUGGUGCCUUGUCAACAGUUGGUGAAAUGAAAUGAGUAUUUUCUUUACUCAGAUCUUUUUGCGUAGUGUGAUACCAUGAAAGGCCUGGUUUUAUUAAUUUAUUUUUUGGGCCUGGUGCAAAUCUGAGCAAAAAGUAAGUAACUGAAAGAAGUAACUGCCCUCUUUAAGCUUAAAUGUGUGGUUGACUGCUUGCAUCCUCAAGCUGAUUUAAGACAUUUGAAGAUUUGUUUUGAAUCUUAUGCAA